ACAGUUAAUAACAUCCAUCUUUUUUAUGUUAUGUAACUAUGCUAUUAAAGUUGUUAAAUAUGUAGCAAAUCCUUAAAAUCCCUUUUUGAGUCCAGAUGUCGAGAAUUUUGCUUUAGCUGUACUGACUAGCUGUGGAUUAUACAGCAGCCUCUCAACAUUGACCUUUUUAACUGAACUCCUCCAAAAGACAUUCAGAUAUUCACUGAUAUACCAACUGCUGAAAGACACCGAAAAAAAGCAUUUCUUCUUUCAUCCUAAAACUUAAUCUCUAGUGGAGACCCACCAAAACAAAAUAAAAAAACUCCCAUUUUGUGGUCUUUGGCUUCUCUUUGUAAGAAUUACACAGUCAUCAGUGGUUCAGUUUGGCAGUCUGUGUCUUUUGUACUGCUGAAGCAUCCAGAUACUGCUGCUUAAAAUCCAUCUAAUAAUCUCAGAGUCUAUAAACAGAUUAUGGUGACGGUGGUUGCUAAGAUGUCUUUCUUUUCAAACUAAGGAAGAGGAGAAACUGAGCCAGAUUUCCCCAGAAUAUACCCACCAUGUGCUGCACACACAGCUGACCCAAACCCACAAUAUCUUCUGACCUGACCCUGUCCUUCCUGCUGCAACUACAAAUGGAAAAGCCAGCCUUGCUUUGAGUGUGUGUGUGUGAUCUACUUUUUAGUUCAGUUUAUGAAUCCUAAACUGCUGUAUAUCAACUAGAAAAUGAGGCCUAAAAUGUUAUUCUUCCUGUGAUUUGUUUUGUGCAUACAUGUGUGUUUUAAUGUAAACAUGUGUCUCCAUGCAUGUUGUGAAAUAAAGCUCUGUAUGUGUGUGUGUUCUCAAUGUUGCGGCGGUGCGUGGAUGGAAAACUUAUCUACUUUUCCUCUGUGUCACAGCAGCAAAUGGUCCCCCUGAAGGUUUAAAACAGGGGAACCGGAGGAGGGACCUAAGGAUGGUGACACACUCCAGCAGAGAAACCUUUCAGAAAGACGCUUACUGUGACUAGAGUCCCUCUAAUUUAGUGUGUUAUGUUGUACAGGUAGAAAAGGUGGCUGCAGAGAGAAGGAGAAAAGGGAACCAGAAGAAAAAAAAAGAAAGAAAAAUCACAGAAACUCAUCUCUUUAAUUGUGGGUGUGUCAAGAGCUCUUACCUGUGUUACUUAUAUCCCUGCAUGAGGCUCCCAGUAGACACUCACUCACACACACCUGUCAAACGACACACCAGCACCUGAAAAUUCUCAACUCUCCAGAUGUCGCAGUGCAUGACCUCACACUUCUGCCUGCUGGCCCUACCACUGAUCUCACUGCUGCUUUUCUUCUCUCCUAUUGGUUGGAGCUACGAGGCCCUCGCCCCAGGAUGUCACCUGUAUCCCUUCAAUGUGACCAUCCGCAGCGACCGCCGCGGCACUUGCAAGGGCACCCAUCUGGUUUAUGCCUGUGUGGGUUACUGUGAGUCUAGCGCCUUCCCAUCCAGAUACUCCGUACUGGUGGCCUCCAACUUCACCCACAACAUCACCUCUGCUUCACGAUGCUGCACCAUCAGCAAGGACGCUAAGGUCAAAGUUCGCCUGGAUUGCCCUCGAGGUCGUCACCAUGACGAAAUAGAGAUCCUGACGGCGAAGGCGUGUCGCUGCGACAUGUGCCGCAAAUCCCGCUACUGA